CUGGAGUGUUGAAGCAGGUUAAUGUAGUUGUGUGUUCUGGUGGUUAUGUUCGGAGGUUCUGGUGUCAGUGGACUCCUCUGUCCGCACAGCUGGUCCUUCUGUAAAGGCCAUGUGGAGGAGGAGCUCCGGUUUGAAGAACCACUGUUAGCAUAGAGCCGGUUGUUGGUGGGUUAGUUGGGUUCUGUCAGUUAGUUUAGUUCGGUUAGUUAGCUUAGUUAGCUUAGUUCGGUUAGUUAGCUUAGUUCGGCUUAUUUGUUGUAGUUUUAGUUUGUUUUGUUCAGUUUCAGAUGUGUUCAGUGUCUGUCAGAGGAGUGUCCGUCAGUUUUCCAUUCACUCCAUAUGAAUGUCAGAAGGAAUACAUGAACAGAGUGAUGGACUGUCUGCAGAAGAAGGUGAACGGUGUGUUGGAGUCUCCCACAGGUACAGGUAAAACCCUGUGUCUGCUGUGUGCCACUCUGGCCUGGAGGGAACACUUCAAAGACACCAUCUCAGCCAGAAAGAUCACACAGAGGCUGAAGGGAGAGGAGAUGUUCCCCAGUACAGGCACGGCAUCAUGGGGAAGUACUGCAACAGACGGAGACACCCCAGCCUACUACACAGACGUUCCCAAGAUCAUCUAUGCAUCCAGGACACACUCUCAGCUGGCACAGGUCAUUGGUGAAUUAAAGAAGAUCUCAUACAGGCCAAAGGUAUGUGUACUGGGGUCCAGAGAACAGCUGUGUAUAAACCAGGAGGUGAUGCGUCAGGAGAACAACCACGUUAAGGUCCACAUGUGUCGGUCUAAGGUUUCCACCAGGUCCUGUGUCUACUAUAACAAUGUUGAAGAGAAAAGCUCAGAUACAGACCUGGUUCACUCCAUCCUGGAUGUAGAAGAUCUGGUCAAAUAUGGAACCAAACACAGGGUGUGUCCGUACUACCUGUCCCGGUCCAUGAAGCAGCAGGCAGACAUCAUCUUUAUGCCCUACAACUACCUGUUGGAUCCAAAGAGCCGCAGGACACACAACAUUGAGCUGAGUGGAGCUGUGGUCAUCUUUGAUGAGGCCCAUAAUGUGGAGAAGACCUGUGAAGAGUCCACGUCCUUUGACCUGACUCCGUACGACGUGUCGUCGUCCAUUAAAGCUGUGGACGCUCUGCUGAUGGACAAGGUUAAAGACGCACAAGGAGACGACCUGUCCGACUGCAACAUGGAGUCACUGAGCUCAGGGUUGAAAGUCGAUGUAACGGCCAUCGCCAAAAUCAAACAGAUCUUUCUGGAUCUUGAAGCUGUCAUCGACUCUUACGAUGUUCCAGUCGACAAAGGAAUUACAAAACCAGGAAUUUUCAUCUAUGAACUCCUGGAGCGAGCCCACCUGACUUACAGCAGCAAGACAGCUGUGGCUGAAGCACUGGAGCAGAUCAUCUCCUUCUUAUCUGGAAAACCUGGGAUCUUCCUGAACACCAGUGGUCUGCAGAAGCUGGCAGAUAUCAUCCAAUUAGUGUUUUGUGGUGAACCAUCUGAGAAGGACCAAGCUCAGCAGAUGCACCUGAACACGGCUCAGUUUAAGGUUCACAUCCACCCAAACAUCAGCUACCGCGACAGAAAAGCCACCGCUGACGUCUGGGGUUCAGCGUCUGCAAAGAAACAAGGGAACAUCCUCAGUUACUGGUGCUUCUCUUCAGGGUUCUCCAUGCAGGACCUGGUCCACCAGGGGGUUCGCUGUAUCAUUCUGACCAGUGGAACUCUGUCCCCUCUGGCCUCCUUCACCUCAGAGAUGAGAAUUGAGUUCCCCGUGCAGCUGGAGAACAGCCAUGUGAUCGAACGAGACCAGAUAUUUGUGAGCGUCAUUGACCGUGGUCCUGACGGAGUCCACCUGAGUUCAGCAUUUGAUCGAAGGUUUGUUCCUGAAAACAUGGCCUCGUUAGGAAACACUGUGGUGAAUCUGAGUCGAGUGGUUCCUCAUGGACUCCUGGUGUUUUUUCCUUCAUUUCCUUUAAUGGAAAAGACUCUGGAUUUCUGGAGAACUCAUGGACAUGCAGAUCGCAUCGAGAACAUCAAGCCCAUGUUUGUUGAACCCAAAGGAAAAGGAACAUUCAAUGAGGUGAUUGAUGGAUUUUACUCCAGAGUCAAUGAUCCUUCAUCCAAAGGAGGGAGUUUCUUCGCUGUGUGUCGAGGAAAGGCCAGUGAAGGCUUGGACUUCUCAGACUCUUUUGGUCGGGGGGUCGUCAUCACAGGUCUGCCUUUCCCUCCAAAGAUGGACCCACGGGUCAUCCUGAAGAUGGAGUUUCUUGACGAGAUGAGCAGGAAGAAGGCACCUGGACUGAGGUACCUGUCAGGGCAGCAGUGGUACCGUCUCCAGGCCUUCAGAGCGGUGAACCAGGCCAUUGGUCGAGUCAUUCGACACAAAGACGAUUAUGGCGCCGUCCUGCUGUGUGACCAGAGGUUUAAGAACGCUGAUGCACGAGCUCAGCUUCCAUCGUGGAUCCGACCGCACGUACGUCUGUACGACAACUUUGGAAAUGUGGUCCGGGACGUGUCGCAGUUCUUCAGGGUGGCACAGAAAAUGAGGCCUGUAGUGCAGAAGGAACACAACGCUGGGACAUCCAAGAACCCUGGGACAUCCGAGAACCCUGGGAAAGCUGCUGUUCUGGACACUCGGUGCCCCCCCACCCAGAGGGCCAAGGUUCUGGACGCCCACAUUCCCAGUCUGAAGAAAAGGAGACUGAACGACCCCCCAGGGGCCUCUGGAAUGGCCCGGCUUUGUGUGGAAUAUGAAGGUGAGGCCCCGCAGACCCACAAGAGACCGCUUAACCUGUUCCACGCUCUGGACCAGGGGGACCGUAGACCGGGACAGGAUGAGGAUUCUUGGACGGGACCACAGUGUCUUCAGUAUAAAAGGACAGAUGUGGACGCAAAAGGAGGAAAACGGAAAAUCAAAGUGGUCCAUGAGCAGAAGCUGAGCAUGUCCUCAGCCGUGUGUGAGGAGGAUAAAGCCAGCAGAGCCAAGAGGUUUCUGCAGGACAUGAAGAAGAGUCUGAGCCACGUCAAGUUUGAGCAGAUGGUCCAAGCCCUGCAGACCUACAAGAGGACGGACCACCUGGAUGGACUGCUGACCCAGACGGCAGCACUGGCUGAAGACGCCAACACGCACGGUCUGCUGAGAGGUUUCUACCAGUUCGUUCGUCCUCAUCACAAACUGUGCUUCGAUCAGACGGUUCUGGAGCUGACAGGACGAGGCUGUGGAUACAAACCUGUCCACUCUGUGUCCAAGGAGGACCGGGACGGCCCCCCUGUGGACAGAGCGUCAUCAUCCACUGGGAUGUCCACCACCAGCCAACUGGACACUGACCAACUAGACACUGACCAACUGAACCAUGGAGGACCACACCUCCACCACAGCACUGACACCACACACAGAAGGGUCCAGAAGACUGAGAAAGAUGGACGAUCAGAGGGUUCUGGUCCAGUUGGGUCUGGUCCAGUUGUUCCGGUCCACGCUGCCUUUGUGUCAGAUGUUCAGUCAGUGUUGGGUUCAGUGAACAGUGGUCAUCUGUUCAGAGCCGUUCACAGAUACAAGAGAACAGACAACUACGAAGAACUGGUGUCUGUGGUGGUCAGUCUGCUGACAGAGGACAGGAACCACUUCAGUCUGUUACACAGGUUCUCCAUGCUUAUUCGCCCUCACCAUAAAAAACAGUACAAGGAAAUGUUGGAGGAUUUAAGUGGAGGGUCAGGACUGACUGCACAAGAAACCAACGAAGAAGAAGAAAAAAACACCAACAAAGAAGAAGAAAAAAACACCAACCAAGAAGAAGAAAAAAACACCAACAAAGAAGAAGAAAAAAACACCAACCAAGAAGAAAAAAACAAACCAGUGUCUCUGGUCAAAACUCAAAGUAAGAUUUCAGCUUUUUUCUCAAACAGCCAAAGUAAGAACUGACUUUGAGCUGAGCAACAGCAGGACCUGGACCCAGACCCUGAACCCGGACCUGGACCCAGACCCUGAACCUAACCUUGAACUAUUUCAGUCCAAACUCAAGGAUGAGUCUAAUUUCAGACUUUGUCUCCACUGUCAAAUGUCCACGUGUCAUAUUAAAAUAAACAGU